ACUGCUGCUGUCUGUCUGCAUCAACAGGGAACAUGGAUGGUGAGGAAUUUGCAAUGACGAGAGCGAUAAUGAUGAUGAUGAUGAUGAGUGCACUCGUAUGGCUGCUCUGCUCCCGUGGAAACUAAAAGACACUAUCAUCCAGCGUGUUUUUCACUAGCCUCGGGCUGUUUUGUGGAUUUUCAGUGAAAAAUUUAUCCGUGUCUCCACGCAAACAUGGGCAAAGACGAAUGCAAGACCAUGUUGGACGCGCUGAACAAAGUCACAGCCUGCUACAGGCAUCUGGUCAUCGCUUUGGGGAGCACAUCUGAUUCCCAAAACCUCCGAGAGGAACUUAAAAAGACCCGAAAGAAAGCCCAGGAGCUGGCCGUGGCCAACAGGACUAAGCUCACGGCUCUUCUGAAGGACAAAAGCAUCAGCAAAGAUGAUCGAGCCGAAUACGAGCGCCUCUGGGUGCUCUUCACCAGCAGCAUGGAGCUCCUGGAGGUGGACAUGAAGCGAUCCUUGGAGAUCGGGCAGGAUUUUCCUCUCAAAGUGCCAACGAGACACCUCAUCCAGACGGGAAUGACCGGCAGCACCACUACCGUGGCGGCUCGAGCCAUGAGCGUCCAAAACAUGAAGUACGAAGCCGACGCGAACAUCGACACGGUGGACCUCAAAGAGCUGGAGACCGAGAUCGCUCAGGUGGACCAGAUGAUGGAGGAGAUGGAGAUGAAGGUCCAGGUGGCGCCGUGGGCAGUCGAGGCGAAACAAGAGGCGGGAGCCGAGUUGAAAUCCACCGUCAGUGUUGGGAAUUCAUCGGUUGGUGUCAUCUCGAUCUGCGAGGAGGAACCCAAGGAAACGGUGGAAGGUGAAACUGGGUUGAUGAAAGUAUUUGCAGGGAUCAUUUUCACCGUUGUUUUGCUCAUAGCUGGAAUUCUGGGGUAUCUGGUGAUUAAUCUAUAAUGGAUGAAGAUAGUCUAUCUGGAUGACAGUGGCUCAGGGCUUUAGAUUUUCUUAUGGAGGAAGCAACACGUUGCUAUGGUAGGACUGUGAAAUUGUUCAGGUAAUUUAAAGUAUGAUGCUCUUGGUGUGGAGAUAAGCACAUCACCUCCAUGGGUAUUAGUAAAAUGCAUCAGUGUUUAAAGGGAAUAGCCAAAAGGAAUAAAAACUCUUCCAUGACUGCUUCCUCAACCCAUGAAGGUAAAAACUGGACAGAGCACAAUCAAAAGUGGGACUGUCACAUAAAAGCUUUUAUUUUAGCACAUUUAAGCUACAAUUUGAAUUCUAAAUUAUUUGCCACUCUUUUGACAUAUCAUAACUGGCUGUUUCAUCCUUCGGCGAAGAUCUACAACCUGAAGAUUACAACUUUUGUGACCCUCUGACAGCAUCAGUGGGUUGUGCAUAUUAAACAGGUAUUUGUUUCACAGUUUAUAUAUAUAUAUAUAUAUAGGUGACAUAUUUAAGGUUGCUCAUAGUGGUUCUGACCUCCUGAGGACUCACACCAAGAUAUUCUUGUUAGUAGCCUACUUCUGCAAGCUGUCGGUUUAUGUUUCUGAAGAUGGCCCAUGUUUGACUGCUUGUAUUCUUGAAAAUAGGCCUUAGGUGUGUUCUGAAAAACAGUCUAUUAUAGUUUGUUUGUACAUAUGAAUUGUACU